AUGGUUUCGUUGGUUGUUUGGGGAUGGAAGACGCGCUUCGAGGUUCUAGGUACAGCAGGUGUUCGCGUCUCAGUAGCAAUUGAUCUCAUGGCUGCAGUUGCCGCAAAUGCCGUUAUCGCCAGAAUGAGUUACGACACGGCGGUUGAAAGCCAGUCGGUUCCGUCGCGCGGCGGAGCGAUCUCGAUGGAGCAGCACCGGCGCGGACGGCUGCUGAAGCAGCAGCUGCAGCUGGUAGCGCGGAAGACGCCGGACGGCAAGGAGCGCAAGGAGAUCGCGGUGAUCCCGGAAACCCUGUCCUUCGAGAAGGGCUUCUUUCUGUUCAUUCGAGCCGUGCAGCUGCUAACUCAGAACAACGAAGGGAUGGUGCUGGUGGGACUCGCGGGCCCGUCUGGCGCCGGCAAAACGGUCUUCAGCGCCAAGGUGCUCAACUUCAUGCCUGGCAUCACGGUGAUCUCCAUGGACAACUACAACGUGGCCAGUCGCGUCAUCGAUGGCAAUUUCGAUGACCCGCGAAUCACGGACUACGAGCUGUUGCUGAGCAACCUGCAGGGGCUGAGGGAGGGGCGCACCGUUCAAGUGCCAAUCUAUGACUUUAAGAGCAGCAUGCGCGUGGGGUUCAGAGAAGUGAAGGUCCCCAAGUCGCGCAUUGUGAUUAUAGAGGGCAUCUACGCACUCAGUGAGCGCCUCCGGCCGCUGCUGGACCUGCGGGUGUCUAUAACGGGAGGAGUACACUUUGACCUCGUUAAGAGAGUGCUGCGGGACAUCGAUCGAUCAGGCCAGGCGCCAGAGGAGAUCAUUCACCAAAUUUCUGAGACUGUUUAUCCGAUGUAUAAGGCGUUUAUAGAGCCGGAUCUCCAGACGGCGCACAUACGGAUUGUCAACAAGUUCAACCCGUUCUCGGGGUUCCAAGAUGCCACCUACAUCCUCAAGGCGCCUGAAUCCGACCCUGCCGAAGCUGAGGCUCGGAUCCGGUCCGUGCUGUCUGCCGAAGCCGUGGCAGGGUCGGAGAGUGAGGAGACGUACGACAUUUACCUGCUGCCGCCCGGAGAGGACAAGGAGACGUGCCAGUCGUACCUGCGAAUGCGGAACAGAGACGGCCGCUACUCCCUCAUGUUUGAGGAGUGUGUGACAGACGGCCCGUUCGUCAUAACCCCGCGCAUCACCUUUGAAGUGAGUGUGCGGCUGCUGGGGGGCCUCAUGGCGCUGGGCUACGAGAUGGCGCACAUCCUCCGCAGGGACUCGCGUGUGUUUCGAGACAAGCAGCAAAACAUCGUUGUGAAGGUCGACCGGCUGGAGCAGAUCAAGAAGACGUUUAUGCAGGUGCAAGGAAAGGACCGCAAGCGGGUACGGGAGAUAGCUACGCAGCUGGGCAUGGAGGGGAGGUACAGCCCGCGGCUGUACAUUGAGGAGAUUCAGCUGCACAACCUGACAGAGGAGGUGCAGGCGCUGUCAGCAGAGAGUGUGCUCAAGGAGCGGUUUAGAGUGGCCGAUCACCUGCUGCCGUCUGGGAGUCCCAUGGGUGGUGCCCCCCUCUCCUCCUCCCUUACCCCCCCUCUUGUCUCCUCGUCCUGGACUCUCGGUCACAAGUUUGAUCAAUCCAACUGGAGCAAGGACCAGCAGGGGGACGAAUCAACGCAUCGCCAGACCGACUCGAGGCCUCACACACCAACGCUGCUGCCUCUGCUAAUGUCACACCCUCAAGGCGACACAGGCGGGAAGAGGACGGGGAGAGAGCGGGUGCAGGGGGGAGGCAUGCUCACUCCUGUUUCUACUGCUGGGGGGAGUGUGAUGGGCCUGAUGAAUGGUAGUGCGGUGGGUGUGAGUGGUAACAGUCAUUGUUAUGAUGUGAAUGCAGUGAAUGGGGUUGGGAGCGGUGCAGAGGGGCGAGGGGCAGCAGCACCAGGAUCAGCAGCAGCGGCGCUGGUGGUGGAAGUGAAGGAGGUCGCCAGCAACCAAAGAAGGCUCGCAUCUGAGGUGAGGGGUCAAGCCUUGGUUCGGCCUGAUCUGAGGUAA